GAAAGCCGCGAAUACGUUUCUGCGCCAAAUACUGACAAAGCUGCGUGUCUGCUCCUUACUCUCCAGCUAGUCAUGUCGUCAGUCUGCCAGUAUCCGUACGUGAACGUGUUCAAGCAGUUCGGAGUCGGUCAGUGGAAGAGAUGCUGCAAAGAAGGAGAUGUAUCACCUGUCAUGGAUCGCGACAUGAAGGCGACGGUCUAUCGCAUCAGUGGAGCAGUGGUCUCUUCCAACUACAUCCAGCUGCCCAAGGCAACCUCUCAGUCACUAGCCCUCACCGGGCGAUAUUUCUACCUCCUCUUCAGACCCCUCCCCUCCAAAUUCUUCUCAAUCCACCUCGAGGUGGCCACAACUGCCGGUAUCGCCGUGAGGGUCUCCAUCUCAAACAUCUUCAAAGAGUUUAAGUCCACGUCGACUUGGCUCCAGUAUCCCUACUCUUUCUUCGACACGAGGAGCCAGUAGUCGAGAGGUGGGGUGGGGGAAAGAGGGAGAGAGGCUGGUAGAGCUAAGAGGAAGAGUUCUAGUCGCUGGACACUACUCGUGUUAGAUCUCAGAGCAAUCCUGGGCCAACAGCUGCACGUCGAAUUGCCUACCUCAAGAAUAUCCAGCUGUGUGCCAAUCUACUAGUGAGAGGUGUGUUUACCAGUCAUGCCGAGUACAGCCCGCUCCCCGAACGAGACUCCGCCCACUUGGAGCCCCUCCCACGGGAAAUGAGGUUUCCCCUCGGAAAAACUGAGGAGUUUGCAGAGGUCUAUGACUAUGUUAGAUUUCCUGAUGAACGUCUGACUGAAGUGAGGGAACUAGAGAGGGAGAGAGGUUGUCGGACUGGUGUGGGUGGUGAGGGUGUGAAUGGUGCUGUGGGGAAGGUGGGAGGAUGACAAGGGAGAAGUGAGGGUGUGAGGGAGAGGAGUGGAAGGAGUGAGGGUGUGAGGGACAGAGGAGGGCGGAGUGAGGGUGUGAGAAGCGGCGUCCAUGUCUAUGUCGAGAGGGGGGCGGAGGUAAACCUUCUCCGUGGAGGAGACGAGACCAGCGACGACGAAGAAGACAUUUCGACUAACACUGACCUGGAGGCUGCCUCAAGACUGGAGCAAAAUAGUGUCCAUCUACCAUCUCACUCUUUACCACCAACCCUCAAGGGGGGGUGUGUGGUGUACCCCUGUCAUCAGCUGGUGGUUAUUGCCCGUCUCCAAUCUGGAGAACAACGCUUCCUCGUGGGCCACACUGCCAAGGUAUCAUGUCUGGCUAGCAGUGGAGACGAGCGUCUCCUGGCCUCGGGGCAGACUGGACCUAAUGCCAGUGUGAGACUGUGGGACUUUGCCACCGCUCGCUGUCUCUCUCUCUUUCAGACCCACUCUCGUUCCCUCUCCUACCUCAGUUUUUCACAGCCGGGCAGUCUGCUGUGUGGUGUAGGUCUAGACCGACACGGGAAGAGUCACGUCGUUCUCUGGAACACUGCCCCCGUCGCAGCUGUGACCACACCCACUCCCGCCGGGGUCACACCCACCCCCGAAGAGUUCACUAAGACCACACCCACUCCCACCGAGGUCACCACAGUCACUCAGGCACACACCGAUGUCGCCAUAUCCACCGUGAAGAUUGCUCACUUUGAUGAAAAGAGGAUGGUGUCGUGCGGAAGGGACAAUGUUCGUUUCUGGAGGGUGAAGGGAGGAACCCUGCGAUCAUGUCCCGUUAGUCUCGACAGCUGCCAUCACCAGAUGCAGUUCGCAGACGUGGCUUUCCAGCCGGGCUACCCUAAUGGCAGUGACGUCUACAACAGAAACGUAUAUGCGUGCACGAGAUCGGGACACGUGCUAGAGAUCCACUACAGCAGCGUGUCGUUCAAGAGGGUGUGGCACCUGUUGCCAGGCAACCAGGGAGGGGGCGUAGCCAUCACGGUGCUGUAUCUCCACGAGGCAUUCUCUGUGACGGGGUCUGAAGAUGGAGUUUUGAGGGUCUGGCCCAACGAUUUCUCUUCUCCUUUCCUUGAGGCCGAGCAUGAAGCUGGUGUGACAGCAGUGGGUGUCAGUGAUGAUGGAAUGAAGAUCUUGGCCGCCACUGCUUCGGGUAACAUAGGAGUGCUGGACGCAGGGACCCACAGUUACACCACACUAACGAGGUCCCACACCAGAUGGGUAGGCGGGGACCUGUCUGGAUGGGCGUGGCCAACACCUCCUCACGUGCUCCUCCGAUAACUCCAUCAGGGUCUGGGACACCUCCAGUGGGGAACAGGUGUUUGACUUCAGGUCAUCCUCGGAGGUCCCGGUGUGCAUUGCCCACCAUCCCACACAGCCAGUGUUUGCCUGUGGCUUCUCCAGUGGAGCUGUGAGACUGUUUCACACCCACACCACCUCUCUACUGGCAGAACAUCGUCAUCAUCCGGGAAGAGUCCGGAGUGUCCUAUUCUCUCCCAGUGGCCACCGUCUCUACACCUGCUGCUCCUCAGGCUCUCUGGCUCUGUUUGACUCCUCCCAACAACCCUGUCCUCCUACUGAGACUACUGGGGAACGCCGUGGCCAGAGAGGGUGGGGAGAGGGAAGAGAGAGGGAGGCUGGGACAGCAGUCUAUGGCUCUGUCGGAAGAUGGCAAGAGACUGGCUUGUAUUGGACCACUGUCAUGUAACAUUUCUGUCUUGGACGCUCUUUCUCUCAGUGAGGUUCUUAGACUGGACAUUACUCCUAUGGCUCCGCCCUCUCCAAACAACUCGGUUAGCUCCGCCCACCUCGUUAUGUUCUCCCCGGCAACCGUGGACCAGCUGGUAGUGGUGACGUCAUCCUCAGAGAAAGAAGGCGGGGCAGCUCUGCUAAAAUUCAGUGCCUCAAACGGACAGCUCCUCAGUCAGGUGUCCAGGGUCCACAGAGGUGUCUGUUCGGCCAUCUCUCUCACUGGUGGUGGUCGACACAUCCUGACUGCCGGUGACAACUCCAUCAAAGUUUGGGACUACUCCAUGACCCUCGACCUCAACUUUCAGGUGUUUAUCGGUCAUUCUGAGGAUAUAUCUCGACUUCUGAUCACUCCUGACGGUCGCCGCAUCAUCAGCACAGCUGCCGCCAUUUUCUUCUGGGAUUUCCUCUCUCCUCCUCCCCUCCCCUCGUCUCCCUCCCUUCCUCACCCCUCACACAACACCAGUCUGCUCUCCGUGUCCCCCCGAAUCGGACCCCCUGUCCCCACAAAUUACGAACCCCUCAAAAGUCAUCAGUUCACCCCCCUACCCAGCGCGCCCCUCAAUAACGAGAAUAAGAGCGUCCGAAUUGCUCUGAGGAAUGUGACUAAUACCACAACUGGUGAGGUUGGUGAAUGGAGAACCAGAGAGGAAGGGGAGGGGGUGAGAGGGGGGAAGUGUGAGGGUGUGAGUGGUGAGGAGGAAGAGAGCGAAGAGGGAUCAGAUGAUAGCAGUGAGGAGGACGAAGGGGAAGAAGGAAAUGAAGAACUUAUUAUUGAACACUCUUCAACUGAUGAGGUUCAUAUUGAGGUCCAGUCAGGCUCCGACCAAUCAAAUCUCUCAGAGCCAUCACGUGACCAGCAGGCCGUCGCUGCUCGCUCGGCCCCGGUUGCCGAGAGACACUACAGACCACACCCACCACGUAGCUCGUUAGCGACCCACCUGUACGUGGCUCCACCCAAUCAGGUGGGGGUGGAAAGGAGGGCGGUGCUGGGAAUGAGUGGGCGGGGCAGAGGUAACGUGGUCUGGCAACCUACCACUGGAUUGUUUGCCUACAGCAGUGGAUGUAUUGUGGUGGUAGAGGAUCUCUCAAACAGCCAGCAGACACAUCUCACCGGUCACAGCGAAGAAAUCUCCACUCUGGUUGUCAGGGGAGACGGGAAUGCUCUCGCCAGCUCUAGCCAUGCCCAUGACUCCACCCCCUGUGAAAUAAGAAUAUGGAAGCUGCCGGCCAACAAAUGCUCAAAAGUUUUGAAGUUCCACAGUCACGCAGUAACAAGUAUGGCAUUCUCAAGAGACGAUAGAUUUCUUCUCUCUCUCGGUGACUAUCACGAUAACUCCCUGGCGGUGUGGUCCACGUACGACUACAGUCUGGGUGUGGCCACGUCUCUCUCUCUCCCUGCCCACCACCUCCUCUGGGACCCCCACACCGCCUACGAGUUCGUCUCCGUGGGGGCUGGCAUGAGUCUCUGCUUCUGGAUCCUCGAAGAGGGCACUGGGACUCACACACUGAAGGUACACGAAGCGGAGAUUCCGUCAGAUCUGGUCCAAGGAAAAGAGAAAUCUGAGGUUGAUUUCACGGCUGCUUGCUACGGGCAGAACAACAGGCUCUUUAUUGGGUCUUCAAUAGGGGUGGUGUCAAUGUGGGAUACAUCACAGAACCAGUGUGUCAUGUUUUGGAAAACAAUCCCCAAUGAAAUCGGAGCCAUGUGGUUCAGUGGUGGAAAGCUGUCAGUGGGCAGUGUGUCUGGAUCACUAGCUCUGUGGUCUUUGGGGGCAGAAGAGGGAGGGAGAGGGAGAGAGAAGGUAGCCCCAGCACUGUCUGUGUCACAGGAGACCCAGCUGCAGUUGGGUUCUGGGAUAUUCUCUCUCUCAUUUGACCAAGACAUGAAACUAGGUGUGGCUGGCUGUGCUAGUGGGUGUGUCUGGUACAUCAACUGGUCGGAGGGUACAAAGGUCAAACUGGUGUGUGGCCACGCCCAGGAAGUAGUGGGUGUGGCUACCUGCAGUGAUGGAGAACUGUUGGCGACGGCCUGUCGGGAUGGCUCCGUGCGGUGUGGAACAUGAACAGCUUGGAACAGACUGCGGUCUUUCAUGCCCCCAAGAAGGAGUGUUUGUGCAUUGCGUUCGCUCCGGCUCCUCUGAAAAGUCACGUGAUCGUGUCUCGGCCCCCCACUAACGAGAAGGGGCAGCCCCACGAAUCGUCUCUCCACCUGGCAGUGGGCUACAGUGACGGAAGUGUGAGGAUCUUCUCCCGGGGAGCUGGGACCUGGUCCGAGAGGAAGAUGAAGCCUCAUGGAUCUCCAGUCACCAAGAUUGCCUUCUCUGCUGAUGGGAGGGUGUUACUGACGGGGAGUGGGGAGGGAGUGGUGGCUGCUAGCAGUGUGACCAGUGGACUAGUGGUGAAGGUGAUCCAGGAUCACAGAGGAGCUCCUGUCACCGACUUAACUGUGGCUGGGACGCCUGUACAGCUAUCGUCAGUAGGUAGAGAGGGUCUGUGGCUGUGGGCGUGUGCCAGUGGAGACAGGAGAGUGAGUGUGUGGAGCUCUGACUGGAGCCAGGAUGUCUGCCAUCUCCUGGACUGGCUCUCUUUCCCUGGACCUCCCACUGCCCCCAAUGGCUCCAGACUCACGAAAGGAGACAAAGUUAGGGGAACUUUCCUAUA